CGGAGAGCUCGCCAGAGCUUUAUUUAUGCUCCCCGGGAGCCUGGGAUCUGGCUGCUUGGGAGCCGCUGGCUCUGCCUUUCCCUUUCCGGGUACAAGGCGACAGCAAAGUCUCUAUGCAACUCAGCCCCGGUGCGCACUUUGCCAGGUAUGUACCGCGGGCGAGGCGCGUUCUGCGCGGAGGCAGAUGCUGCUGCCGCCACGGCGGCGGCGGCUGCCAGCUCCCGGGCUCUAUAACUGUCACACUGCACCUGAGCUGAACUUGAACAGAGAGUGAAAGGGCCCAUCGGGCGAACGCUCUCGGCUGGCACAGAGGGUGUCAGUCGUCCUCGUGGGGGGGAGAAAGAGCUCUAGACCGACGCCCCCCGCCGCGAGCCGUGCACUUCACCUCCAUCUCUGCAAGCGCCGCGUGAGUACAGGCGCCCAGCGGACUCCAAGGGACGCGGGACAGCCAGCGGCUGUGACCGCAUCUCCGGAGCUACAACAACAGGUCUUCUUUUUGAGACGCCUUUGGCGGGAAGGACCACUUCAGCAAAAGGGGAAGGUGAAAGGGUUCUUUCUUUUAAGAGACUACCACUGGUUGACUUUCCGUGUUUCCUCUCUCCUGCUCUAUAUACCGACCCCAUAUCUACCAGACUGUAUCAGGGGAGAAGCGAAGACACCUGUUUGAAGCCAGGCUGUCUCUGAAGUCACCUGUACAUUUACAUGUGCCAGGACGUGUCCUGGUCCAACUGUUGGCAGAGAUUUGUUUAGGCUAGAGCCUAGAUUUUUAGGUCACUGUAUUUUUUUUUUUUUUUCUUCUUCUUUGUAUUCCAAAUACAUGUCUGUGAGGGAAACCUGACCUUCUUGAGUAGUGUGACUUGACCUGUGCCACCUUGGAAUAACCGUGUUCCUGUGAGCAGUGUUUCCCCCAGUGUUUUGCCUGAGGUGAAGAAGUGGGGAGCAUUUUCUUACUUUCAUUGUGUUACUUUGGGUGACCCCCUGCUCACUCUCGUGACCUCCACUUCCAGACAACAUGGCAGCCGGUGUUGCAGCAUGGCUGCCCUUUGCCAGGGCAGCUGCCAUUGGGUGGAUGCCUGUUGCUUCGGGGCCUAUGCCUGCACCUCCAAGACAGGAGAGAAAAAGGACUCAGGACGCUCUGAUUGUGCUGAAUGUGAGUGGCACCCGUUUCCAGACAUGGCAAGACACCCUGGAACGAUACCCAGACACUCUGCUGGGCAGUUCCGAGAGAGACUUUUUCUACCACCCAGAGACCCAACAAUACUUCUUUGACCGUGACCCAGACAUCUUCCGCCACAUCCUCAACUUCUACCGCACCGGGAAGCUCCACUAUCCCCGCCAUGAGUGCAUCUCGGCUUAUGAUGAAGAACUGGCCUUCUUUGGCCUCAUCCCAGAAAUUAUUGGCGACUGCUGUUAUGAGGAAUACAAGGACCGCAGGCGGGAGAAUGCUGAGCGCCUCCAGGAUGAUGCAGACACUGACAAUACAGGAGAGAGUGCGCUGCCCACCAUGACUGCUAGGCAGAGGGUCUGGCGAGCCUUUGAGAAUCCCCACACCAGCACCAUGGCCCUGGUGUUCUACUAUGUGACUGGGUUCUUCAUUGCGGUCUCAGUCAUUGCAAAUGUGGUGGAAACAGUUCCAUGUGGGUCUAGCCCAGGCCACAUAAAAGAACUGCCUUGUGGGGAGAGGUAUGCGGUGGCCUUCUUCUGCUUGGAUACCGCCUGUGUCAUGAUCUUCACGGUUGAGUACUUGCUUCGCCUGGCCGCAGCACCUAGUCGUUACCGUUUCGUGCGCAGUGUCAUGAGUAUCAUCGACGUGGUGGCCAUCCUACCCUAUUACAUUGGGCUGGUGAUGACAGACAAUGAGGAUGUCAGUGGAGCCUUUGUCACACUCCGAGUCUUUCGAGUCUUCAGGAUCUUUAAGUUUUCCCGCCAUUCUCAAGGGCUGCGUAUACUGGGGUACACCCUGAAGAGCUGUGCAUCAGAACUGGGCUUCUUGCUCUUUUCUCUCACAAUGGCUAUCAUCAUUUUCGCUACCGUUAUGUUCUACGCAGAGAAGGGCUCUUCAGCAAGCAAGUUUACCAGCAUCCCAGCAGCCUUCUGGUACACCAUCGUCACCAUGACAACACUGGGGUAUGGCGACAUGGUACCAAAAACCAUCGCAGGGAAGAUUUUUGGGUCCAUCUGCUCACUGAGCGGAGUCUUGGUCAUUGCACUCCCCGUGCCUGUGAUCGUGUCUAACUUCAGUCGGAUCUACCACCAAAACCAACGAGCAGACAAACGAAGGGCACAAAAGAAAGCCAGGCUGGCCAGGAUACGGGCAGCCAAAAGCGGGAGCGCAAAUGCCUACAUGCAGAGCAAGCGGAAUGGGCUACUGAGCAACCAGCUGCAGUCCUCAGAGGAUGAACCGGCCUUCGUAAGCAAAUCUGGAUCCAGCUUUGAGACCCAGCACCACCACCUGCUUCACUGCCUGGAGAAAACCACGAACCAUGAGUUUGUGGAUGAACAAGUCUUUGAAGAAAGCUGCAUGGAAGUUGCCACCGUCAAUCGCCCGUCAAGUCACAGUCCCUCUCUCUCCUCACAACAAGGAGUCACCAGCACUUGCUGCACACGGAGACACAAAAAGACUUUCCGAAUUCCUAAUGCCAAUGUGUCGGGAAGUCAUAGAGGCAGUGUGCAAGAACUCAGUACAAUUCAGAUCAGAUGUGUGGAGAGAACUCCACUGUCCAACAGCCGAUCCAGCUUAAAUGCCAAAAUGGAAGAGUGUGUUAAACUAAACUGUGAACAGCCUUACGUGACCACAGCAAUAAUAAGCAUCCCAACACCUCCAGUAACCACCCCAGAAGGCGACGACAGGCCCGAGUCUCCUGAGUAUGCGGGAGGAAAUAUCGUCAGGGUGUCUGCCUUGUAAGACAAUUGCCGCAGGUCUGAGAGAAUUUGAGCCCUGACUAUGGAAAGAAUCUAAAGGAAAAGAAAGAAGAAAUAAUAGCCCCUUUUUUGCAUACUUAGACAGCAAGGCGAGAAGUUUGGCGAUGAAACAAAAAUCAAGAUUUCAGAGUUGAAGAUGUGAAUCAAACCACCAAAAGGCAUUUCUAGACAGCGUUCGACCUAUCCACAGAGGGUAACUCUGUGGCCCUUUGACUUUGUGGAUGAGCACAAUGAAAUGCCAUUUAUUGAUGCCUCUUAUGAUCAGAACUCUUUUUUAAUAAAACAAAUAAAAUGAAUCUUUGAACAUGAUAUACCGGUUGAAUGCAAAACAAAAAAAAUUAUGGAAAACAUUUUGAUAAAAAUUUUUCCUGUUAAAAACCAUGAACAUUGGCUCUGGUGAAGAUUACUAUUGAUGAAAAAUUCAUACGAUCCAUUUGUGUGGACUGAAGGAAGCCAUCCCAAUGCAUGCUAGAAUUCUUUGGAGCAGUGAUCUCAGUUUCCUUAUGUUGUCUUCAGAAUAGGCAUGACAAACUAUACCUGUAGAAAGGGGAAAUUUCUGUGCACUUACAAUGAACUGAUUGUCCAUGUUCUAUGGUGGGCUGUGCAAAUAAACUCCUUUAAGCACUGCAGUGUUUCUCAAGGGGAUGCAUACUAGUAAAUCUAAAGUGUUCGGAUAGUUCAGUAUUAAUUAUUGUUUAACCUUGCACCUAGUCAUUGUUAUAACUGCAAUAAUUCAUUCUAUAUCUGUUGUAGCAGGAAUCAGGAUUUUUUUUUUUGGACUUUCCAUUUAUUCAUAGAUCCAGUGAGAGCCACAUUCAUAGAAAACCUCCUGGUGUGGCUGGGUUUUAGCUGACUUUUUAAUCCAAAACUAUUGUGUCAUAAAUGUUUUUGGUAGUAUUCUUUGGUCCAGUGUAUUUCUGUGACCCCGUGCAUUAUCUGUCCCUGGAUCUCUUUAGUGUCUUUCUACUGAGCUUACCCACUAAUGACAGGAUUAGUGUCUACUGUAGUAAUAAAACAAAAGUUCCCUGCCUUUGUAUUUCUCAACCAGUUAUUAUAAGAUUGUCAUCAGUCCCCUUGAUAACAAGUAGAGUAAAGGAGUUGACAUGAAAUAUCUCCAGUGUUUUCACUAUUUGUAGAAAACCCAGACCCUGCAAACACCCAUAUGUGUUUUAUGAGAGGAGUUAAAUGGUACUUAAAGAAAAAUCAUAGGAUGGAUGAUUUCAGAAUCUAACUCAAUGUAUUAAUUAUUUUGCUUCAGAUCUUCAAUACAUAUUGAGAACAACUGAAAUGCAGAGGAAAACUAAAGUGCUUUGUGUAGCAUGAGAGCAUGCUUCUAAUGCCAUCCAAGAAAGCAACAAUGUGUCUCAAAAGAUUCUAGUGUAUCACAAGGCACAAAGUUCUCUGCAAAAUCGGGAAGAAGGAGUAUGAUGAUGCAAAGUCGACCACUGUGUACAUUUAAGUGAAAAGUCUUGCUACCUUUUCACCCUUGAAUAUCCGCAGAUGUGUCUGCACGUGACAAUGUAAAAAUAAAAAAAAAAAGUUUUAUGUCAAAUGAAAAGUUUUGUUCAUUCCAAGCCACCACUGUAAGAACGAAAGCUAAGUUUCUAUACAUGAAAAGGAAUUAAUAAUUAGUCCUCUGUCAUAGAGAUUUUGAAAUGCUUUUCACAAUUUACCAUAAGAAAAUGAAUUAAUCCAAACAUUUUCAGGUAAAGCCAGAAAUGGUUACUUCCCAUUUAUAGAAUAGCUUCUAGGACAGUGCUAGGCACACAGUAGAUCUUCAUCAGAGCUGAGUGACAGGAGAAAGGCCUCAGCUGACCCUCGGGAAGGACCUGGCUUUACUCCUAGUGUGUCUUUGAAAAAGUUACUAAUAUUCCUGAGACGUGAAUAUUAACAAUUCUAUUAACACCUGCCUGUUGUCACUUUAUGCUUCUAGAGCAAAUAUAUAGUGAAGCGUCUUUGAUGGCACUUAUUAAAAAGUCUUUUAAAGUAAGUACAAUCAGGAACAUUUACCAUCUUUUGAUUCCCAAUAAGAAAUUCUAUUCUCAUGUUCUUAAUAGGACAUGAAACAACAUAGACUUGGCUUAUUUCGGUUGAUUCUUAUUCUUCCUGCUUUGGUUUGUCGUUUAUCGCAAAUUAUUAAUUUCUUAAGAUUUUCAGAAAUGAAAUUUUAAAAAAUAAUCUUUUGGAUGUUUUAGGUGAUUUAAAAAUAUGCUGUGUUGGUGGUGAAUGACUAUUGAUGACUGUGUUAAGUGCAACUGUACUGUAAGUGAAAUGUAAUUAUUUCUGUGUAUCAUAUGGAGUAACUAAGGUCAUUGUUUUUGACAAUUUUGUUUGAAAUUCAUAUAUCUUAUUUCAAAGGAUAGCAUAAUACCUGCAUUAUGCUGGAAAAAAAUAGACCUUUGGAGAAUACUUAAAUAAAACAUGUGCAUGCUUGAACAGGA